AUGCAUCGUUUUUUAUCUUCCCAGGCCUACCAACUAGCCAACGAACCUAGUCAUGCGGCCACCUGUUGUCAACUGACCCUAUCUCGACAGCUCACCUAUGCUCAGCCAUUCAAAGAUUUAGCCCAUUUGGUGUUGUCAGCCGACAACAAUCGAACGAAACCCCGAGCUGCCUCAGCGCGGCGCUACCGGGAUGCUAACCAGGCAGUGUUUGGAAACAUGCGUAGGCGGUUCGCCUGUUACAUCUCCAACGCCGUUCAACCUUUUGACCCCAUCGAUUGGGCGAACAAUGCGGCUUCGUUGAGCAACUAUUACGAAUCAGUCGAGGAGUCCGAUGGGUACUAUUAUUCAACCCUGGAAUGCUUGGUGUCGGCCUGCGCGUAA